AUGGGGGCGAGCAAGAGGAGCCGCGGCGUCGCCAACGGGGCAGCCAAGGGAGUGUCCAACGGGACAGCCAAGGGAGUGUCCAACGGGACAGCCAAGGGAGUGUCCAAUGGGGCAGCGAAGACCGUGGCCGUCGAGAAUGCCGCCGACCAGCCCCGCAAGUUUUUCGACCCCAUGGCCGUCACCUGGAUGGAGAAGUACAACGCGCCCAUGGAGAAGAUCUGGAGCCGCCUUCCAUCCUUCGUCCGCUCCACCAUCGUCACGCUCGCCGUAUUUAUCCUCGGAGCCACAAUGAGAGGUGAGUGGCUGCUGACGGCCGUGCACACGGCGCGCUACCUGGGCUGGGAGCUGGGCGACCGCUCCGAGGGCUGGGACUUCUCGUGGCAGAACCUCAGCUUGGAGGCGCUGCGCCUCAAGAACCUUCGCGUCUACUGGCUGGUUGCCUCAUUCGUCUCCUACUUCAUGUACUUCAGCAUUGGCGGUUUCCUGCACUGGUACUUCUACGUGCGGCAGCGCGACCGCCCCGAGGAGUGGAAGUGCCAGCCCACCAAGUUCCUGUCGCCGGAGCUGGAGCGCCACGAGAUCCUCGUGGGCUCCUUCAGCCUGUUCAUCACCAGCUCCUUCACGGCCACGCUCGCCUGCUACAUCAGUAACGGCGGCUGGAGCAGAGUCUACUACGAGUUCGACGAAUACGGCUGGACCUGGUGGUUCCUGCAGUGGGCGGUUAUAUUCAUCUACCAGGACUACGCGACCUACUGGCUGCACCGCAUCUACCACACGCCGUUCCUUUACAAGCAUUUCCACAAGCUGCACCACAAGUACAAGCAACCGACGGCCUUCUCCGUGACAGCCAUCCACCCAGUGGAGAUCAUGCACAUCCAGAUUACGCUGUGUCUGCCGCUCUUCGUCAUCCCCUGCCACUUCGUCCCCUUCUGUGGCGUGGCGCUCUACACGUACUACCACGGCAUAAUCGAUCACUCUGGCAUCAACUUCAAGGCAUACUGGUGGCAGCCCUGGCAGCCAGACGCUAUCUUCCACGACAACCACCACCAGUACUUCCACGUCAACUUUGCCUUCAACAUAUACAUUUGGGACAAGCUGCACGGAACGUACCGGCAGAAGGACCGGCUGUACACGGAAGACACGUUCUACGGCCGUGGCAAGGCGCUGUCGGAGGCUACAGAAGAAGAGCGCCAGCAGGACCUCACUGAGCGGCUGUCUGAGAACCCGCGCGCCUACCGUAGUGGCACCCUCGAGUACAAGCUGGAAGGGGCCGAAGCCGCGACUCGCAAGCGGGCGGCCGCCCACUGACAACCGCGCAUGCGCCGUUGAAGUCUUCUCAGCCACGCUGCUUUCUGCUGCCUUGCUGGUCACAGCUAGGUCGUGGAACCUGUGGAUAUUUAAGUAAAUGCAGGGUCGUUGUGUAUAUUCAUAAUUACGGAUGUCGGAAUACCAAUAAAUACUCUUUUCGUGACUCUUCUUUUUUACUUCUUUUUCUGAUACAGAACAACUACAGAAGUAAGGUCGAAUUCUGCGCAGACGAAUAACGUCUUCAAAAUCAAGCACAGGCAUCUGUUUUAUUCCGGCCAAAUUUUCUGCAGAAUUCGACAGGCUUUUACUAACACAGUAGUAAGAUUUUGAUACCUUUCAGAAAAAUUAUAACUUAAAGCUAGACCGAAACCAUGCACUGUAGUAUAGCUACGAUGAGAAGUUUCUGUUCUUCCGUUUGCUUCAGGACUUAACUAAUCCUUCCUUGGCAAUUUUUCUUUCUCGUGCCUCUUCAGAAACUAUCAGUCUUUCUCCUUUGCGUCUUUCUUCUUACAGUACUCACUUUGUUUUCACAUCCAUCCACAACAGUCAUUAAAUUACUCUGAAUAAUUUUAUUCAUAUCCCUUUAAAAAAAGGAUGGGAAAACAUCCUUCCACAAUUCCAGCGCUCCAAGUGAUUACAUUUCAUUGCUCUUCCUUUUCUAUUCACAGAAUCUGUGUAUUUCCCUCCUUCUCCUAAGCUUUCUUUCAUUGCUCCGAUAUUUUUCGUUUCCAACCAUUAUUCAGUAAGGUUUUUAUCUCUCGUAAUUACUUAAUCGUUCUUUUUGUUCAUAGAGUGUAUUACCCAUCUUAAUGUAAAUAAUCUGAUAUAAUAAAUUUACAGAUAUGUUGUAUAUGGUGUUGCAUUCAUAAAGCAUAUAUAGUAACAUAUGGUGUGUAUAGAAAUUAAAACAUCUGAUAAUCAAGUAUUGAGGUCAAAAGCAGUCAUUGCCAUUAAAUUAAUCCUGUGUCAACAAUGUUCAAUCGUUAGUGACAUUGGAGGAUAAGGAUAAAUAUUUUGUCACUUUCAUGUGAAGGGCUUAUUUCAAUAGUGGUGCAAGUCCAUUUUUGUUCAUAUUGAGAUACAGAGACCUAAACUUAAAUGAGCGUUGCAAAAUCUGCAGUUGCUAGAGAUAAACCUUUCUUUCUGUUUGUUUGGAUCAUUAAUUUCAGAAGCAUUAUAGACAGAAAAGUGGAGGUAAUGGACUUGUACCACCAUUGCAAUAAGCUCUUCAUCUGUUUCGCACCGUCAGUACUGUACCCAGAGAUUUCAUUCUCUUUGCGUAUUUCAGUAGCAACGCAAUGCAAGUAUUGUAUUAAGUGCCAAUUUAUGUGACACAGAAUUUGGUUUCACAAAACUGAUUCCGUUUUUACUCAUUAUCACGGUAUAUUAUGUACGCUAAUUCAACUGUAACGUAUUAAAACGUCACCAGAUUUAAAAACGACUACAAUGCUGUAGAAUAUUGGUUUACCAACGAUAUAAAUAAAGAAUAAUUACUUUUAAUGUCAAA